AUGCUUCGACGACUUCACAUCUCCGCUGGUGUUCGCUGCGGUGCUGCGGUGCGUCUCUUGUCCAUCGCGGCGGAGGCGCGCGAGGCCCUCACCAAACAACUCGGCGCCCUCAAGGAGGAGUGCAAAGGACAAGGAUUGGAUUUGGCCGACAUGAACGACGCCUCCCGCGCAGCCAUGCGGUCACUGCAAGAGAGCCUCAAGAAGGCAAACGUAGAUGAUGAGCAGUUCAAAGGAAAGUGCACCACGCUGUCGGCCUCCAUUAAGGCGUACACAACACGAUUGACAAAUUUGCAAAACGAGGCGCGCUCUAUUCAGGCAGAGGCCGACGCCCUUCUGAAGAUCAUGUGGGGGACAGAAACUCCGCAAAAGGCCGCCUCAUUUGCAUCGCCUCCAAAUUCAAUCAAUGAUGCAAGUACUAAUACUACUGCGCAUGAUGAUUCCAAGGGAGAUGAAUUUGUUGUGGAACCUCCACCUGUUGCUAAGAUAUUAGAGAGUAAACAGAAGAAUACCGAACAUGUCGAGGCGGAGCGUGUGCAAGGAACUAUAAAACGAUCAUCACAAGAGGUAGAAUCCCAAGAAAUUGAGGUGGAAACCAUUGAGGUAGAAGUGGAACCUGCCAAUGAUCCAGCAGACACUAUGAAAAUAACUGAUAUUACUAAGGAUUUGUAUGAACGGGGUGUGAAUUUCUCUGAUUGCCUGGACGCGCGUUCACUGCGGCAAAGAUAUAAGGAUGUACUUGCAGGCAAAUUUUCGCCUGGUAUUCAAGCUGGCACACCAAACACUACUUCAAAAGCAGCAGAAACUAACAUGAAUCAACCCCGUAUGCCACAAAAUCGAUCAUAUCAACAUCAGUAUCAACAACAACAACAACAAUCCAAUACCAAUGAAUCAGGACUUGCCCAUGAUCCUUACCCUAAUGCAUACAGAAAGAUGGUGGAUCCCAUGAAACAUGUGUGGGAACUUAAGAAUGAGCUUGCAGCAGAGAAGGGUAUUGAUCCCAAUAGUGUAGAUCUUUGGAGUGGAAAAUGCAAAUUGGAGGAUCACAAACUUCUGUACGACUACCCAUCUGUGCAGAACUAUCCUAUCGAAGUACGCCAGAAAGGGGAUAUUCCCCGUUAA